CCCGAGACCUCGGGAGCAGAGCACACCAGCUGCAGGGGCCAGGCCAGCAUGUCUCCAUCCUUCAAACUUCAGUGUCACUUCAUUCUGAUCUUCCUGAUGGCUCUAAGAGGGGACAGCCGGUACCCAGAGCUGCGGGAAGCGGCGCACCACGACCCCUUCCUGCUCCUCAGCGCCAGCCUGAAGCGGGAGCUGGCGGGGGAGCCGCUCUACCGGCGCGCUCUGCGGUGCCUGGACAUGCUGAGCCUCCAGGGCCAGUUCACCUUCACCGCCGACCGGCCGCAGCUGCACUGCGCCGCCUUCUUCAUCGGCGAGCCCGAGGAGUUCAUCACCAUCCACUACGACCUGGUCUCCAUCGACUGUCAGGGCGGGGACUUCCUGCAGGUAUUUGAUGGGUGGAUCCUCAAGGGGGAGAAGUUCCCCAGUUCACAGGAUCAUCCUCUCCCGACGACUGAGCGGUACAUAGAUUUCUGUGACAGUGGUCUAAGCAGAAGGAGCAUCAGAUCCUCCCAGAACGUGGCCAUGAUCUUCUUCCGGGUCCAUGAACCAGGAAAUGGAUUCACAUUAACCAUAAAGACAGAUCCCAACCUCUUUCCCUGCAACGUCAUUUCCCAGACCCCAAACGGAAGGUUCACCCUGGUAGUUCCGCAUCAACACCGAAACUGCAGCUUCUCCAUAAUUUAUCCUGUGGCGAUCAAAAUAUCCGACCUCACCCUGGGACACCUAAACGGUCUGCAGUUAAAGAAACCCUCAGCAGGCUGCGGGGACAAAGGAGACUUUGUGGAGCUGCUGGGAGGAACAGGACUGGACCCUUCAAAGAUGAUGCCUUUAGCCGAUCUCUGCUAUCCCUUUCGUGGCCCUGCACAAAUGAAAAUUGGCUGUGACAACACAGUGGUGCGCAUGGUCUCCAGCGGAAAACACAUCAAUCGUGUGACUUUCGAGUACCGCCAGCUGGAGCCAUACGAACUGGAAAACCCAAAUGGAAACAGUAUCCCGGAAUUCUGUUUGUCUAUCUAGUCUUUGCAUAACCAACGCCAUGAUUUCCAUGCUGCUAGCAAAGUGAGUUUUUAAUGGCUGUUAUAUAUGAUUUUGAUGACCAGCUAGUUAAAAGCCAGUCAGUAUCCCUGCCUUGAGCAUAUGUCACACACACACACAUGAAUUUUUGUACCUUGCUUCUUUUUCACUUAUAAUAUAUAAAUGACCACAUAGCAGGAAAUAAGACCCCCUUUGGUAGAAAAACAUUUUUCUGUAAUUCUUUGGUAUGCUACAAAUCUGAAUUGGUAAGACAAGUGCAAAGCUGUGUGCAAUAAAAAAAAUUGUCUCAAGGGAAAAUACUACAAAGAAAUAAAAAUGGUGACAGUCAUAUCAGUUUCAUAACGGA